GCUGCAUAUGCAGAUAAAAUAAUUUCGAGCGACCCUACACUGACUUUUCAAUCAACGUCGCUGAACGUUGAUAGUGCUGAGCAUUUAAGCUUUAUAUUGUCGCAAUUUUGGGAAAAAGUACACUCUCAGAAAAAGUUAAACCCACAAUUCAAUAAGAUUUAAGACUACAAAGCCACACUACAAACUAACCCAGUUAAAAAUGAAUUAAUAAUCUAUUGAACACUUGAAUUACCUCUUGGAAAAUGUAGAAGAGAAUACAUCAAUAUUUAUAGGGUCAGAAACUACAACUGCACUGCAUUGCAAGCUUCUAAAUAAAAUUAUAAUACCCUUGUGCAAGGGUAUAAAUAUAGCUAGAUCCAAACUGGACAGCACUGUGUCCCAAGGGAACAAGCGAGCGGGGUAAAGAGCAUACAUAUAGAAAUUGGAGCGCACCCCAAGUUGAGGCCACGAUCGACGGUUCGACAGCAGUUUUAAACCCAAGCUUGUCGCAGUCGGACACAGACAUGAACUUAAUUCCGGGCAACAUCCUCCUCCUCCUCUUGAUCCUUGGCAUUUGCAUGGCCCGUGCCAUGCCCAUGACCAACGACGACCAGGAACUAACGGCUUUGGAUUCCGUUGAACAGUCGCUGCCGCUGCUGCCCACCGGACAUCGCAGACCGGAGUCGGAGUUCGUCGGCAGAAUUGCGCCCAAGGUCCAGGAGGCCAGCGAGGAGAGACCCGAGGAGCAGUUUGACACUCUGGUGCAAGAGCUACAAGCCGCUGGGGUACAUACCGCCGAUCGCCGUGCUCUGCAUACCCUCACCUACAAGGAACUGGUCCGGCUCCUAGCGCUCUAUCAACUAGCCCAGGGACGCAACUACUACGAUGCAGGCGAUCAGAAAAAGACCAUAGCCUAAUGCCCACAUUUCAGUUCGAUUUGGUUUGGUGACAAUCAUGACGAUGAGUAAGCUCGUUUAUUGUGGCGGAAUGUUAAAGCCAAAGUUCACUUAAUAAAAUGUGCCAAAAAUAA